AUGGCAGAUAACCAUGAGCAUGACUGGUCGGUCUGGGUGCAACCAGCCAUAACCCUCGCCGUCGGCCUCAUCACCACCGUGGUGGCCUACCUGGCGUUCCGCUCGUAUGUGGAAGAAUUGGGAAAAUUCAUAUCUUCAUCUACAACUACGUCUACGACUAGACAACCCUCAUCUGCAACUAAGCAGCGACCAUCUACUUCCAAAGUCUCUUCACCUAUGACCAAGCAAGCACCGAUUGCCAUUCCCGAAGACAUAGUAGAGAAGCUGGCAAGACGAAGGAGAGAACUUACAUCAGACGACGAUAAAGAUGGAGAUCUUCUUAUCUAA